AUGGGACUUCAGUUAGGUGUAAGUUCUUUAUAUAAUGAUGAUGUACUUAAAAUGUUACCUUCAAAAGAAAAGUACGCUAGUCUCAAUAAUGGUUAUGUGGAUUGUAAGCAUGCUAAUUUUUACAAAUAUGUAAAUAUUCCUCUACAAAAUGAGGAAUGGCAGAACGAUGUUUCUAACGAAAUACAUAAAGAAUUAUGUUAUAUAUAUAAUAAAAAGGAAACGGCGGACUUUUAUAGUGAUGAUUGUGAUUACCUAUACCAUUGGUUAAAUGAUAUAAUAUAUAAUAAUAUAAAAUUUCAAUUACAUUCUACAAGUGUUAUAACAGUACUUAAGUUUUUACUAAAAAGUAAUGACGGUCUGAAUAUAUGUAAUUAUGAUGAAUUUAAUAUCGAUAACGAAAAUUAUGGGGAUAUUAAGCUUUUAUUUGAUUUUUCUAAGGAUUAUGAUACGCUAAAAGAAUAUUUUAGUAAUGGUCAUAAGUUUUGUAAUAGCGAUUUUCGGAAUUAUGUAAAUGGAUAUAUCAGAACAUAUAACAAGUUCAAAGACAUGUGUAAUAAACCAAACAAUAAUCAAUCAACUUGUAUUGCUUUUAAAAAAUACUUUAAAGAUAGGCAAAAUGAGAACUUAAGUAACUGGACCUGCAAUUCAGCAGGAAAUACAGAUGGGUUGGCAUCAAGGGAAAAAAAUCAUAAAAAUCUGGAAAAACCAAGUGAAUCUAUGGUAGUGCCAAGAGUGGACGCGCAAGAAAAGGUACCAGAAGAAACUCUUAUAAGAGAGGAAGAGAGAAGUUUCACAGGCUCAAUUUCUACAAAUUCUGAUGUCUAUAUUGAACAUUCAGCAUUCAGAUACAAUAUUGAUAAUCCAAACAAUUCUUCAGCUUUUACAGUUUCAAAAGCUAUGACUAUUGCACCAUUAGUUAUAGGAAUUACAGUUUUUUCUAUUUUAUUUUAUAGUGUAAUUAUUAAUGUAAAUUA